ACUGCAGUACCUUGAAGCAGCCAUGGACACUGGAACUGCAAUUAUUAUACCUGGGAUUGCUGUGUUUAUUGCAGUUUUUUGUUUGUUGUUAGUUGGCCUGGUGUACUUUGAGUUGAGGAAUUCAGAUAUUCCUCUCAGAGUUGCUAAUCCUAGAAAGCUACAAUUGGUUAAUUGCGUGUAUGCUGGAAUAGCAGUUUUGGGCAGAAUUCUGGAACAACUGGGGCUUUGUCAUCAGCUGAAUUUUACACGAUGGUGCAGAGCUUGUAUAAUGGUCCACAAAAGGCCAGUGCCUCCUGGGCUCCGCAUUAAGGACAUGACAUUCAAUGGGGUUCCAGUGAGGGUGUAUGAACCUACAGCAACCUCAGGAGAGAAAAGAAGAGGCCUAGUGUAUUUCCAUGGUGGAGGCUGGGUGUUUGGAAGUAUUGAUGAAGCUGAUGAGGUGUGUCGAUACAUUUCAAAGGAGAGUGACACCACAGUUGUGUCUGUUGGUUACCGACUAGCCCCCGAGCACAGGUACCCUGCCCACCUGGAUGACUGUGAGGUCGUGACUCACCACUUCCUGUCAAUAGCGGCAACUGGUUUCAGAGUGGACCCAUGCAGGGUGGCAGUUGGUGGGGACAGCGCAGGGGCGAACUUGGCAGCCGCACUCUGCCAGAGGCUGGCUAAGACACAGGAUGGUCAUCUGCCAUCUCCCUGUGCUCAGGUCCUCAUCUACCCAGCCCUGCAGAUGGCAGAUUUCAACUUGCCCUCAUACAAGCAGAACCAUUCUGUGCCCAUAUUGUUCAGAGGCCGAGCUGUAUUCUUUUUCCUGCAGUACCUCAGCGGGGAUACGUCUGUGAGCCAGCAGCUUGCGGAAGGCAAGCAUGUUCCUGCCGAGCUAAAACUUCACUAUAAGAAAUGGCUGGAUCCAACUAAUCUUCCACCUCAAAUAAGGGAGAGGGCCAAAAGUCAGCAAGUUAUCUCAGAUCACAAUGCUGAGGUCUAUCACAUCAUCAAACAGGGCUUGGAUCCAGAGAUCUCCCCGUUACUAGCUGAGGAUGAUGUUCUUUGCAGUACACCACCCGCCUUCAUCCUGACCUGUGAGUUUGAUGUUUUGAGGGAUGAUGGCAUUCUGUACCAGAAACGACUGAAGGAUCUUGGAGUGGAUGUCACAUGGCAGCAUGUAUCUGAUGGCUUUCAUGGGAUGAUCAGCUUCUUCAACAAGGGCUGGCUGACAUUUUCAUCCUCUCAAAAGGUUUUGGACAGCAUUGUAAGCUAUGUAAAGACACUCUGACUGAGAAACCAUGAGAUUUGUCAGAAUGAUUCAUAAUAUGGUCUUGUAAGGAAUAGGUCACCCAAAAACGAAAGUUCUGUCAUAAUUUACUCACUCGCCUUGCAUUAUUCCAAACAUGUUUUCUGUUGUUUUUUCUGCGGAAGACAUAGGGUACUUUUUUACAUACUGUAGCUCCUUUCCAUAAGAACAAUUCGUAGUGACAACGGCUGUCAAGCCCCAAAAAGGGAAUGAUUGGCAUGUUCGAAACAAUGCUUCACGAAGCAUCAAAGCCUUUUGCUUUGAAUUAGUGCUUCAAAGCACAUAUCAAACUGGCCAAGUCACGUUAUUUCAGCAAACAAUUCAAAUCAGUGUCUAAUGUAUGUAUGGCUGUAACUGAGCUCAAGUCAAUUUAGCAAUAACUUAGCUUGUCGAUCACCUUGAGUUAUGUUCCCACCGAAACAUGAAAUCAAAAUCUAUUUGGUCUCCAGGCAGUGAAACUGGAAUUUGGAACAAACUAUCGUCAACGAGAACACCUGCGCAAUCUUAUUCUGUAAAAUAACCCCAAUUUUACACUAAUUUAAAAGCUGAAUUUCAUACUUUAGCUUGAGUCCCCUGCAAGCUCAUCACCAUAGCUUUUUAUUUACAAAUGUUUGCACAAACUAAGCAAAAAUAAUAAUAAAAAAAUUAUAUAAUAAACUAUUGUUGCACUAUAAAAUCAAUUAUAAUCAUGAAUCCACACGAAUGGCAGUGUUUCCCAGCAGAACAUUUCCCAGAGCAUCACACUCCCUCCAACGGCUUGUCGUCUUCCCAAAGUGCAUCCUGGUGCCAUAAGUUCCCCUGGUAAAUGGUGCACAUGUACACGAUCGUCCAUGUGAUGUAAGAGAAAACAGGACACAUCGGACCAAGCGACCCUUCUGCCACUGAUCCAAGGUCCAGUCUCGACGCUCGUGUGCCCAUUGUAGGCACUUUCGACAGUGGACAGGGGUCAUCAUGGGCACUCUGACCGGUCUGCAGCAAUGCAGCCCCAUAAGCAGUAGGGUGUGUUUUGUGACACAUUCCUCCUGUAACCAUCAUUAAAAUUGUAUGUGACUUCAGUAGACCUUCUCUCGGUUCGGACCAGACGGGAUUGCCUUCUUUGCACUUGUGCAUUGAUGAGCCUUGGGUGCCCAACACCCUGUCGCCGGUUCGUGGUUCGUCCCUCCUCGGACCACUGUUAGUAGGUACUCACCACUGCUGACCAGUAGCACCACACAAGCCUUGUUGUUUCAGAGAUGCUCUGACCAAGUCAUCUGGCCAUAACAAUUUGGCCCUUGUCAAAGUCGCUCAGGUCUUUACUCCUGCCCAUUUCUCCUGCAUUCAAUAUGUUGACUAUGAAAACUGAUGGCAUGUGGCCUUGUUAAGAGAUGAUCUGUGUUAUUUGCUUCAUCUCUGAGUGGUCAUAAUGUUUUGGCUCAUAAAGUUUAUAUAUAAAGGUAUACAUAUUCGGCAAAUAUUCUGAUCUGUGUUUUCCAGGAUUUUGUAGACUACAAAAAAUAAACUGUAAAAAAAGAGAGUAACUAAAUUCGAAAGUGUUGUGUCAUUGUAGCUGCUGUUAAUUUGAGUCUUCUUGCGUCUGCAUUUACACACCUGUGACCAGCAGAUGACCUCAGCGUUCUGUGUUAUUAGGACUUUAAAAUAGGGAAUAAUUUUGUGGUCAAAAUGAUUCAAAGUUAGGAACGCUUAAUUUCUCCCAACACUACUUAAAGGGAAAGUUCACCCAAAAAUGUAAUUCUCUCAUCAUUUACUCACCCUCAUGGCAUCCAAGAUGUGUAUGAUUUUCUUUCUUCUGUGGAAGACAAACAAAGAUUUUUAAAAGAAUAUCUCAGCUCUCUAGGUCCGUAAAAUGCGAGUGAACGGUUAUCAGCACUUUUAGUAAAAGAAAUGCAUACGACUCCAGUGGUUUAAUGUAUGUCUUCUGAAGUGAUGCAAUAACUUUGUUUUUGAAACAUGUGUUUUUGAAACAUGUUUUUAACCAUAAAUCUUCACUUUCACUUCCACUCUUAGAAUGUAAAAGUGAAAAUAAAUGUGGAGAUUUAUAGCAAAAAAGGACUUUCUGUUUCUCACCCACACAUCACUUCUGAAGAUAUGGCUUUAACCACUGGAGUCUUAUGGAUUACGGUUUUGCUGCCUAUAUGUGAUUUUUUGAGUUUGAAAAGUCUGGUCACCAUUCACACGCAUUGUAUGGACCUACAGAGCUGAGAUAUGUUUAAAAACAAUCUUCGUUUGUGUUCAUCAGAACAGAGAAAGUUAUACACAUCUGGGAUGGCAUGAGUGUGAGUAAAUGAGAGAAUUUUCAUUUUUUGUGGUGAACAAAUUCUUUAAAAGUACCACAAUGACCAUUCAGGAGUUUAUUUAACUUUGUUUCAAGUCAUCCAAGCUUUCUAUGAAGAACAGGAUCAUUUUGAAUUAAUCACUAAAAUCUUAUUCGUGUUUGCAUUUAGAUUAAAAAAUGGUGUGUUGGUUACGGCAGAUGUUGCAUUUGAUUAAGUGUGGUUUUGAAUGCUGUCUUCAUUCCGCCAAGGAAUUAAAAAUUAAAAGGUAAUUCUGACCUCAUAUCUCACAAUUGUGACAUUAUUUCGGAUGUUCUGGCAGCAUUCGGCUUCCAUAGUUUUGAUUGGUGAUAUAUUUGAAGUGUUAUAAUUAUUUGUGUUGUGUAUGUCUAUACAAACAAUGCUACAUUUUUCCAUUGAAUCAUGAAUGACAUUCUAGUUUGUGACAUACUUAAAAUUCCUCCCACAUUCUAUAUCCCUUGUUUGCCCUCAUUUGUAUGAGAUGGCAGUCUCUGCUUUGGUGUUACAAGUGAUGCUACUUAUCAUACAGAGAGUUAGUCAGCAUUUGCAUGGUGCGUUUAAAGGAAUAUGAAACUUGCUGAGCUGCUCUCAUGGUGCCAGCAGAAGUGUUUAGUGUGUCCAUGGCAACAGCUCACUUACCUUUCUCCUGCUUUGACAAUGCCAUAAUAGAGCUGGUGACGUACAUUCUCCAAAGUGGUUAGACAUUCAGAUAUGGUGUGAGAAAUGUUGAAGUAGCUUA